CCAUCCCUGUUCUCAUCACAGCUGCAGUCUCUCUCCUCCGCUAACAUCGGCACGAGUCGUGUAGUGUCAGGCCGGACGAUGCAGGACUGUCUGCUCAGGACACGCAUGAUCCCAGUGAGGGAUGAGGAGGCAGAGUCUCAGAGGAAGGCCAAAUCACGGCAGGCCAGACAGACUCGACGAGCUACACAGGGAGUUACCCUCUCAGAGAUGUUGGAGGCAAAGAGAGCCUUCAGCCCGUCAAAUAGAAGAGUCCCCGAGGACACGACAGAAACCAGCCCGGCUCUGAGGGAGGAACAGCUGUCUGACAAACACCCGUGUGAACACCUGGAUAAGCAAGGAAACUGGAAAAGAAGACCAAGAAGCAAACCUGAAAGGUCAUCUUUUAGCCUCUCAUCAUCAGUUAAAGGAGCGUGUGGUUUCACCCCCAGUCUGAGGAGUCGCAGCACCUGCAUUGAGUCUGAGUGCACAGAUGAAAAUGACAACAUCCUUCACGGUUCCUCGGAUGCGUCUCUGACACAGCAGCUGACAGAAGACCGUGAUCUCAGCGCUGAACUCACUCAGCAAGACCGGGCGUCAAGCAGGUCAGACUCUAGUGGUGUGGAGUCUCCGUCAGACAGACUGUCAGCCCGGACCAGCACAUACACACGCAGAGAGAACAGACUCGCCUCUCUGAGCAAAACAGAGGACGACUCGGCCAGCAAGGACUAUAAGAAGCUGUAUGAGGACGCACUGACUGAGAAUGAGAAGCUGAAGUCUCGACUGCAGGACAGCAAACAGGAGCUCACCAAAAUCCGCUCUCAGCUUGACAGAGUCACACAGAAGCAGGACAGAAUAUCAGAGAGAUCCUCUGUAUUUGAAUCAGAGAAAAGGGAAAAAGAAGCUUUGGAGAAGAGGGUUUCAAACAUGGAAGAAGAAUUAAAGCAGACGCCCUCAGUGAGGUUUCGGUACCAGCCCUGAGUUCAUCCUCAGCUGGACUGGGUGAAAGGGGGCAGAUGGUUUUGACAGAACUCAAGUCUGAUAACCAGCGGCUAAAAGAUGAGAAUGGAGCCUUAAUCAGAGUCAUCAGCAAACUUUCCAAAUGAGGACGACCGGUUAAAGAAGAGGAGAAAUACUGAACAGAAAGAGACCAAAUCUGAGAACUUCACACUGACUUCACAUUGACCUGCUCUUGGUGCAGCAGCUACAGGGUUAAAGAGGUUGGCUCACCAAAAAGUUCAAAUUCUGUCAUAAUUUACUCAUGUUGUUACAAACUGGUAUGACUUUCUUUCUUCUCUGGGACAUAAAAGAAUUGUUCAUAUUCAUACAAUGAAAGUCAGUCAUCACCAAAACUGUUGGUUACCAACAUGCUUCAAAACAUCUUCUUUUAUGUUCCAGAGAAGAAAUGGAAAUGUUCCAUUACAUAAAAGGUCAUUUAUCAAGAAAAAACGGUUCUUAAAAUGUUCUUAACACUAAGAAAAUCUUUUAAGAACUGUUCACUUAAAGGUUCUUUGGGGAACCCAAAGUGGUUCUUCUUUGGUGGGGAAACCCCUUUUUGGAAGCAGAUUGCCAAUAGUCUCCCUGUGGAACCAGCACAAACAUUCUCUUAAACCAGCAAAAAAUAGUUUGUGAGGCUGGCCAAGGUUUAUGAUAAAGCUGGCUGACUAGAAGACUCUUGCUUGUCAAGAAGCCUUGUGGGAACACCAGUACAUUACGGAUAAACAGCCAAACCACAGCAUUGGUCACCAACUGUUCUGAUCUUUUCAGCAGGGAAAAGCUGAACAAACUGCCAUUCCUUUAAACGGUAUUUGAUCAUUAAUCAAAUCGAAUUAUUCUGAAGCUGUCAUUUGGUCCAGUAUGAUCUUCAGAAGCUCUGCCAAAACAUUCUAAAAGGAAUGUUCCCACUGAGAGAUGAUGUCAUUCUCCUCAUGUCAACCCAUUUGUCCUGUUUACUUUUACAUUUGUAGUGUUUAUAUAUGACCUGAUGGGCUGAAGAAUGGAUACAUCGAACCAACCGAAUGUUUUAUAUUUAUUUGUGCCUUUUGUUUGUAAUUAAGAGUAACUAUAUGGAUAAAACAGAAACACAUCACGCAUAUGCCAUUUCAGAUGCUUUGUUUUUCAUAGUCCACGGUUUUUAACCUGUAAUCUUGAACCAAUGCUCACAGCACUUUGUUUAUGAUUUUUUGUUAUUUGCCUGAGUAUUAAAAACACACUGUAAAAUACAAAAAAA